AUGGCUAAAGCGGCAUCUUUAGCAGACACGUUAGGCAAGCAUUUGGAGUGUGCAGUGUGCCUCGAUCAGUACACCGAACCGAAAGUUCUGCCCUGUCUUCAUACUUUCUGCAAAAGAUGUCUGCAAGGACUUUUGAAACACGAAGGAGCAGUUUGGAAGUUAAUUUGUCCAACAUGCCGCUCAAGUGCUGAGGUUAGUUUGAACCUGUUUGAACAAAGCUUUAGUGAGGGAUUAAUUGUCAGCGGCAUAAACGGAACUGUUUUCAGUUCUGUACUAGGUCUUGCCUCCCAGAUGCAAAUUUUGCCUUUAAAACUUUUUCGAAGUGUUCUGACCAAAAAAAGGAUGAAAAUCAAGUUUUAACUAUUUCUGAAGGUGGCGGGAGGACUGUGUCACUACUUCUGAGGGCUGUCGUUUUGAAAUAGCCGUAGCAAAUGAAGAUUCACUUGUAACAUCUCACAAAAAUUUACAGUUUCCUCUUUGAUCACCCGUAAUAUCAAGUGAGCUCCACCUUAACAGGUGUUAUGGGUUACGGCUCUUAAUGACAGCACUGGAGGGGGGUUGUGGCUAUCAAAUGAAAUGGCCCUUUUAUGCCAUAUGACAUGUUGACUGCUUACAUACAAGAAAGCAGAAUUCCAAGCCAGCAAAGACAUACAACACAAGAGAUCUGUUAGUUAUAGUCCACACACUGCUUAACUUCUAGUUAUGAAGGAAGCUGGGGUUAAAAAAAAAUGCACACAUCAGAUAGAAUGGAAAGCUUCAGGACAGAUAUAAUUUAUGCUUUAAGUACAAAAAGUCUCCAACAGCGCUUAAGGUUAGUCCAACAAAGUUUUCUCUUACUUCUUCAAAAUUGACAAGAGAUUCAUUUAAUUUUGACAUUCUUAUUAGUUCAAAGAGUGUAGAAGAACUAGCUUGGUGGGGUGUAGGCAUUUGUGAGCUGGGGGGUGGGGAUUGUUCAGAGCUCUUGGUUAUUGACCUAGAGGGGGGCACUCCCUCAUUUGGCCUGAUUGGAUAUCUUUCACUGAAGAGGGUAGGGUGUUAGGAUCCUGAAUCUUGAGUAUGCAAUUUAUUAUGAGUGUCUUGAACAAGGUAUCAGGAUUUGGAUACAAACUGCAUUUGAGGAUGAAAAGACAUGAAAGAUGCUCCAGAACGUCAUUUUGUGAUUUACAUUAUUUAUUCAUUACACUGUAUUUACACAGAUUCCUAACGGAGAAGUUGAUUUACUACCAGCCAAUUUCUUUGUGAACAACUUAUUAUCUGUGGUUGCUCUUCAUGAAGAAUCAGAAACCAGAAAACUUGAGUGUGAUAACUGUGACAGUGGAGACCCACCUGCUAAUAGAUGUACAACUUGCUCUCAUUUUCUUUGUGAGUUUUGCACUCAAGCUCAUCAACGAGCACGAAACACCAGGUCACACAAUCUGGUGUCUCUUGAAGAAGCAAAAAAGAUGGGGUCUGCAGCUGUAACAAAGCCGGCAAUAUGCCAAGAACAUGAUGGAGAGGUGAUGAAACUGUUCUGCGAUACGUGCGAGGAAGCUAUCUGUAGAGACUGCACCAUCAUAAAGCAUCGUGAUCACAAGUACACUUUUGUGAAGGAUGCCUUUGCAAAGGGCAAGGAAAACCUGCUUAAAAUUCUGUCGGAGGCAGAAACUAAAGCAACUUCUCUCAUGGAGGCAGUAGCUGGUGUUUUGGAAAUGAAGGAUAAUGUAAAUUCUUAUGCAGAUGAGACCGUACAAGAAGUUGUUGAGUGUUUUACAGAUCUGACAGCUUGUCUUAACACUCGUUGUCACCAGUUAGUCACUGAAAUAGGAGAAUUGAAGAAUUCAAAGCUCAAGUCUCUGGAAAUUCAGCAAGAACAAUUAGAAACAGCUCUUGCAAGCCUACAAAGCAGUUUGGAUUUCACUAAAAAGGCACUUGAAAACGGUAGUGAGGUUGAGAUAUUGAACAUGCAGAAGCAUUUUUCCAGUCGAUUGCAGGAUUUGACCUCAACUAAGUAUCAGCUAGAACCAUGUAUAAAUGAAGGAUUAAAAUUCAAAAAUGACAAACAACUUAAGCGUGAUAUUGACACAUUUGGGGCUGUUGCUGAUCACAUUCCUUUAACUUUUGCAUUUUUGUCAACAGUCACAAUGGAAAAAGGAGAAGAGGGUGUGAUGUACAAUACACUGUGUGGACAGUCAAUUAAAUUUGUUAUUACUGCAAAGGAACACACUGGGAGGAGGCGAAUAGUAGGAGGUGAUACCUUUAAUGUUUUUAUCACCCCUGCCCAGUCACAUGAAGAUGGCACACCUCUGAAUGUACAAGACUGUGGAGGUGGUACGUACAGUUUUUGCCACACUCCAAUGGAAGCAGGUAAUUAUAAGCUGUUUGUGCAACUGAAGAAUCGUCAUGUGAGGGGAAGUCCUUUUACAUGGGUUGUUGAAAAGUGGAGUCUUGCAUUAGAUUCUUCUGAAGAUAGCAAAGGGCAAUUAAAAUUUGUUGAAGACAAUAUGACAGCUCUGUACAAAGUGGAUUACUCUGAAGAACUCUGUAUUCGUCCAUUGGUUCAUAGCUGGUACUCUACUAAGAUUUUGAGAACUUACUUGCAAGGUAGGUCUGACAAAGCACCCUUUUGUGUUGGUGAUCUUAGUUUCAUGGAUGGGAAGCACAUGUGGAGAGUUCAGAUUCAUGGAGAUAUCUCAAAUGGUUUUAGUUUUGGCAUUAUUGCUAGCAACAGACACAAUGCAAAGAACUUAUUGACUGAAAGACAGAAAAUGUGGAUAUGGAAUUCUGGAAUGAAACAAUAUCCAGAUAAAGAAGAAGGACCAUUGGGCAACAUGAGCAUUAUCAAGAACUGCGUUAGUGGAGACAUCAUUGAACUCUACUUAGACUGUGAGCGUAGGACAUUGAAGAUGUUCAAUCCGCGUACUGCUCAAACAGACACUUGGGAGGGAGUUGAAGGUGAAGUUUCUCCGUUGUUUCAGAUGACCAACCAUGGAGAUAAGGUUUCUUUGAAGAUAAAAAGUGAACAACAAAAUUAUGAAGAACAACAAAGGACAUUGAAGAUGUUCAAUCUGGGUACUACUGCUCAAACAGACACUUGUGAGGGAGCUGAAGGUGAAGUUUCUCCAUUUUUUCAGAUGACCAACGAUGGAGAUAAG